AUGAGUCCUACCCAAAGGCGCUUUAUCAUUCGCAGAGCUGUAUCUGAUGAAAGCAUAACUCCAAAAACCACGGCUCCAUUGUCUUUUGCCAAUAACGCAUCUCAAAAGACCUCUGUAUUUACCACCACAAAGGCACAAGUGGCUCCAGUAUCAUCAGCAGCAGCCUCAGCCAAACCAUCCUCCAAAACAUCAAAGACAACCACCCGUUCGAGUCUGAUAUCAAAGGCUAAUCCACCAUCCACUCCAGUUGUGCUCUACACUUCGCCCACCUCUUCACCAACAGCCAGGUCUACUAAUUCUGCCCUGGCUGCCGGCAGUGAUUCUGGUUCUGGUGGGAUCUCGGGUGGUGGUAUUGCCGGUAUCGUUAUUGGUGUACUUGCAGUUGUUGCGAUUAUUGCGUUUGCUUUGGUCAGACGACGCAGACGAAACAUUCGGGAAGACCAGCGCAAUAGUCGAUUCUUUAACACACCAUCGAAUGUUACACCAGCUAUUGUUCAUGGAUAUGCAUCCAAUUUGCAAUCUCCGUAUAGUGAAAAACAAAACACUAUCAGUGUGUCUCCAUAUUCCAUUAAGCAGCAGCAGCAGCAGCAGACUGCAAUAUCCAUGCCUCCGGCCACACUUCAGAAUAAUUACAACAACAUCAAUAAUCAACACACCAACCAAGAAUCGAUGAUGUACAGCAAUCAGUCCAAUUUUGUUACACCUAUUCCAAUUACUCAAGAGAAAGCGGUAUCGACACCAGCACCAGAAGAAACAGGAGCAGCGGAUGUCUGGCAGCACCCAAUUGGCACCUUUACUGUCAUCACGACAUUUAUGCCUAGUCUGAACGAUGAAUUGACUAUUUUACCAGGUGACCGAGUUAAAUUGUUUGUGGAGUACGACGAUGGAUGGUGUCUCGGCGUAAACGAGAGUCGUGGUAAUGCGCAGGGCGUCUUCCCACUUCACUGUAUUCGCGAACCACCUCAGGAAUCAAGACCAAACAGCUCAAUGGCAAUGACCGUGCCUUCUGUGUCCGAUGAUCACCGGCUGAGUAAAAGAGGAAGUUCUGUUCUGCGGCAAAAGGAGUAA